UGUCACAUGAAUCCAAUGUUGAUACAGAUUUUAUUGAACACUCAACUGAAUUAAUAUGAUUAGAUGAAAAUCAAUGAUCAAUAAUUUUGACAAACAUUUUUUUUAUUCUCGAUUCAUCCACCAAACGGUUGAAAAACACUGUUUUUUUGAUAAUAAUAAUCAAAACAAAGCACGUGAUUCAAGAUUGGAUUUUUUUUCUUCAAGUGCAGCUGAUUUAGGUACAUGUCAUCGGCAAAAUGCAUACAAAACCGAAAAUCAUGACAAAAUAAUCAUCAUCAAGAUGAUGAUUAUCAUAUAUAUCCUGGUGAUUAUCAUCAAUAUGUCAUAUAUGCAUCACGUUCCAAUAUAUUGGAUUUUUUUUUCUCACAAAUGACCUAUUUGACCAAAAAGUCUUGACUGACAAAACAGAACAAAAUUUAAAAAAAUGGAUAUCUCUCGAAUGUUUCGUGCUUGUAAAUUGGGUGAUUUCGAAACCCUCAAAACUUUGAUCGAAACCAAAGAUGUUGAUGUUAAUUUUCGUGAUAAAUUCGAUUCAACACCAUUAUAUUAUGCAUGUCUUUGUGGCCAUUUGAAUGUGGUACGUUUUCUUCUUGAACAUGGUGCCAAAUGUGAUAUUAAAACAUUUGAUGGUGAACGUUGUGUUUAUGGUGCAUUGACUGAUGAUAUAAGAAAAUUAUUAUUGAAAGAAUAUAAAAUAAUUAGUAAAAAAGUUAUUCGUCGAAAUGAUUAUGAUGAAUUUCUUCGUAAAUCAUUAGAUAAUUCAGAUUAUGCUGAUGUUAUAUUUUAUGUACAUCAAAAAACUUUUAAAGCACAUCGUUAUAUAUUGAUGAUACGAUCAGAAUAUUUUCGGCAAAAAUUCAUUGGAAAAUGGAAAGAUAGAAAUGUUAUUCAUAUUAAAAAUGAACAUGUAAAUCCGGAUGCAUUUAAAAUAUUAUUACAUUUUCUCUAUACUGGAAUAUUGGAAUUUUCAUACAAAAUCCGUGACGAUGUUUGUCGAUUAUUUCGACAAUGUCAGAUGGAAAAAAUAAACGAUAUGAUUGAAUGUCGAAUACAAGAAUUACAAAAACAAUUACGAUCAUCAUUUCGGCAAAAAAAUGUUACAAUUUAUAUGGAUUUUCCAAUUUUGUUUGAUUAUAGAAAAUUAUUUCAAACAACAUUACCGAUGGAUUUGAUUAUUGAUCAAGAUGAAAAUUUUGAUAUCAAUGUAAAUGAAUUGAAAAUAUUACAAAUGGCCAGUGAUGUGGUGUUUCGUGUGCAAAAUCAUCUAUUCUAUUGUCAUAAAUUAUUUUUUGCUGGACGUAGUGAUUAUUUUGCUGCAUUAUUUCGUGAUCAUUUCGGCGAAUCCGAUACAAAAAUUCCUACCGGUACUACAUUUACCAUCAACGAUCGUGCCGAUUUAUUUCGAUUAUUGAUUUGUUUUCUUUAUACAAAUGAUGUUGAUAUAACAUUGGAUCAAGCAUGUGAUCUUCUUUAUGCAUCGGAUGUCUAUCUAAUUGAAUCAUUAAAAAGACAUUGUGCCACUGUGAUUGGUAACAAUAUUGCCCAUUUUAAUCCAAUCGAUAUAAUUAAAUGGUCACGUGUGUUGAAUCUAUCAAAAUUGGAAGCAAUAGCCACACAAUAUAUUGCCGAAAAUUUAAAACAAUUUAUUCAUCAUAAUGAUUUCAAACAAUUGGUCAUUGAAGAUGCUCAUUCGGUUCGACAAAGACAAGAAACAGAUACGAUCGAUAUUAUUGAUGAUAUUCGAUAUUAUCUAUCGAUUUGUUCGACAAAAAAAGAUAUACAAUCAGAAUUAUUACAAAUUGAUCUACUUCUUGAAUCAUUACAAUUGGAUGCUUGAAAAAAAAUAUUGAUUAUGAUGAUGAUGAUGAUGAUGGAUGAAAAGAAUUUGAAUAAAACCAAAAUCAAAUAGUAGUACUCAUCAAAGAGAAAUUAAUCAGACCAAAAUCAUUAUUAUUCGUAAUGGAUGAUAAAUUUUUCGAUGCAUGUACACGCCAUGAUCCACCGCAAA